AUGCCACCAUUCUUACCGAGAAAGAGGCUCUCUUCAACGCCACCUGCCUCCUCCGGGCAGACUCCUACGAAGAAGGCAAAACUCGGAGAUGUCUUGGACGACGAGUCGAGGAAUAUCCCAGGUCGGCAGCGGACUCAGACGUUCUCCCUUGGAAGUGAUGACUCGGAGUCCUCCCUCAGCGAUGUGGACAGCGAGCAGUUCGAAGACGUCCCAUCUAACCUCGGGCGGCCGCCUGUUGUUGCUCAUGGGGCCGAGAAGGACGAGGACGAGGACGAAGACGAAGACAUAGAAUGGGAAGACGCCGCGGGCCACGAACAAGAGAAGGAGCUACCGGCUUACAAACCGCAGUCGGACGGUCCGAUUGAGAUAACCCUGCGCAAAGCGGACAAUGAAGCUGAUAACUGGAUUGCGCAGGCGGCAAACAAGAGGAAGGGGCCCUCGAAACGAGAGAAGCAGGUCAGAAUCUGCACUCAUCAGCUACACGUACAGUUCCUUCUCUGGCACAACUCAGUCCGGAAUAGCUGGAUCUCAGACAUGGAAGUUCAACAGAUCCUCGUCCAACAAUUGCCCUCUCCAAUUCAGAAAGAGGUCGAAAAGUGGAAGAGAGCUAGUGGAUUGACGCUUGCAGAGACAGAGACAGGAGGGGAAUCUGUGAAGAGUAAGGACAAGAGACGCGGCAAGCAAAAGGCUCCCGACCCACGCGAUGGAAGAGAUUGGGGUAGACCGAGCAAGCGCGUCGAGCAGGGGAUGCCCGAUAUGAGCAACGGUGACCCGCUCAUCUCACUGAUGAGGGUUCUGGCCGCUUACUGGAAGAAGAAAUUUACUAUCACUGCUCCGGGACUGAGGAAGCGUGGCUAUGGCACCAGAUUGGGGUUAAAACAGAUCAUUCAGUCGCAGCGCAACGAUGAGCACAAUCCGGAAGAGCACGGGGAGCGGGUUAGAAAUAUCGAAGAAUUUCGCGAGCUUGCGAGGAAAUCUGAAGGUUCAAGGGACGUGGGUGCUCAAUUGUUUACCGCGCUGUUGAGAGGUUUGGGCAUUGAGUCCAGGUUGGUUGCAAGCCUGCAGCCCAGUGGGUUCGGCUGGACGAAGGCAGAACAAGCGCAGCCCCGGAAACCCAGCGAAGCAGUCAAUUUAGAUACGUCCUCCGACGACUCAGGCUCGGAAGACGUCAAGUCAAUAUCAGAGAUCACCAAAACCCCAACACGACGGAAAGGCGGGCCAUGCAAGGCAUCUGGCAAUAGCUCCGAACUGGGGAGCGAAGAGGACUCGGUCGUGGACAUCACCCCAGCAGUGCCCAAGAAACGACCGCAGAAGUAUGACCGAGACAACCCUUUCCCCAUCUACUGGACCGAAGCAAUAUCGCCAGUAACGAACAAAGUCCUCCCAGUCUCCCCGCUCGUUCUUGCGUCUCCAGUGGCCACCACUCCAGAAAUUCUCGCAACUUUCGAACCACGCGGCAUCAAAGCCGAGAAGACAAAGACCGUGAUGGCCUAUGUCAUUGCAUACUCCUCGGAUGGCACAGCGAAGGACGUAACCGUGCGAUACCUGAGGAAAAGAAUUUGGCCAGGUAAGACAAAGGGGUUUCGUUUUCCUGUGGAGAAGAUUCCUGUCUACAAUAAAUACGGCAAAAUCAAGAGAUACGAGGACUACGACUGGUUCAAGCGCGUCAUGAGUGGCUACGUCCGGCCUGACCUAAUGAGAAGAGCUGUCGACGACGUGGAAGAUGCAACGGAUCUGGUUCCCCAACUUCCGGAGAAGAAGGACAGUGGUGGUCAAGAAGUCGAUACCUUGCAAUCUCUGAAGUCGUCCGCCGAUUUUGUGCUCGAACGGUUCCUCCGCCGCGAAGAAGCACUUCGCCCCAACGCUGAACCCGUCCGUACUUUCUUUUCGGGGAAAGGCGAGAACUUAAAGGAGGAACCGGUGUACCGCCGAUCCGACGUCGAACGUUGCUUGACAGCAGAGUCCUGGCAUAAAGAAGGUCGACGGCCUAAAGUAGGGGAGGCCCCAAUGAAAUUUGUCCCUGUGCGAGCGGUCACCUUGACUCGUAAGCGAGAAGCGGAAGAACACGAACGACAAACUGGAGAAAAACAGAUGCAGGGCCUGUAUAGCUGGGAUCAGACGGAGUACAUUAUCCCACCGCCAAUUCAGAACGGCGUGAUUCCAAAGAACGCGUAUGGAAACAUCGACUGUUUUGUUCCUUCGAUGGUGCCCAAAGGUGCCGCCCAUAUUCCCCUGAGAGGAACUGUACGGAUCUGCAAGAAACUACAGAUUGACUUCGCCGAGGCAGUCACUGGCUUUGAAUUCGGAAACAAGCGCGCUGUGCCCAUUUGCAGUGGUGUGGUCGUCGCCAAGGAGAAUGAGCGGGCUGUGGUAGAGGCAUGGCAUAAAUUCAACGAGGAGCAGAGAAAGAAAGAGGAAAAGAAAAUGGAAGCACUGGUAUUGGAGCUGUGGCGAAAGUUUGUUCUUGGGUUGAGGAUUAGGGAGAGAGUGAGGGACACAUAUGGGGAUCAGAAUGCUGUAGAUGAACCGACGUUAGGGAAGAGCAAAGAGCAGCCGAUCAUGUUGGAAAGUGACAACGAAGCGCCUGCGGUGCGGAACGGAAUCCCUGGAACUAAGACCGCUAAGGAUGAAUUUGGCGAAGGGGGCGGGUUUCUCCUUGAUUCAGAGGAAGAGCAUCAGGUUGAGAGCGAUCUCGAAGUGGUCCAUCAUCACGAUGAACCGACUCCCCUCGCCCAGAACGGCUCCAAUUUCAAAGGAAAAGAGCGCGUCACCGACUACCAGUAUCCGACACCGGCUUCUGUCUCGCCAUUGAAGCCAGCGCUUCGACGGCGGCGACCAGGAAAGUCGAAUCUCGAAGAAUUCGAAGAGAGCAAGCAUGAGACUUCGGACUCAUCUACCUUGACCAGCGAGAAUGACGGCGAUGUCGAGGGAGAAGAAGUAUCCGACCAAGGGUUUGAACUCGGACGUGGGGAAUACGGCGUCGACGAUGCUGUUGACGAGGGAGACAUGGCAGAAGAGGAUAGGAGUUCUAAUGAUUCUGACUCAGGCGCGUACGUGCCCACGAAUGCCAGAAGACGCAUUUCAUCAGCGCGCAAAUCUCGGAUUCAAGGGAGCUCAAAGACCGCCUCUCAGCCACCAUCACGGAGACGAACAAGAACAACCUCUGGCGCCGCAUCGAGGUUUACUGCUUCUGCUUCAGCUCUGGAGGCCGAACGCGAUUCGCACGACGCAGCUGAUGGGCAUGAUUACGACGACGAGAACGCUCUUCUAUCAACGCGGCGGUCGAGUUCAAAGCCCAAAUCCAAGACCGAGGGAAACUCCACACCGAAACGCUCAAAAGAUCAACAAGACACUCCCGUCGGGGCCCGACGACGGUUGAGAAGGGAUAGCACGGCUGUGAGGGUUAAGGUGACGAGUCCAUACUUCAAUGGCUAA